AUGAGCACUGAGAAGAGUUACAGCCCACCAGGGGCCUCGGGUUUGGGGAGCAGUUCUAGGGUAGCUGCCACCACCAAUAGGGCCAAGAGUUACAGUCCCACUCGGGCUGCCAUCAAGGAAGAGAGCUACAGCCAGUCUCCACCAUCACCCAGGCGAGUGAAAAGUUACAGUCAGAUGAUCACUCCCAGCAGGGAACGGAGCUACAGCCCACCUAAGCUGUCCAGCGGCGUGAUGAGUUACAGCCAGACACGUUCUCCCAGUGGGACCCGAAGUCGCAGCCGGUCUAGGAGCCCCAGCCGGACCCCAAAUCGCAGCCAGUCUAGAACCCACAGAAGGACCCGAAGUCACAGCCGGUCUAGGAGCCCCAGCAGGACCCCAAGUCGCAGCUGGUCUCGAACCUCCAGAAGGUCCAGAAGUCACAGCCGCAACAGGACCCACAGCAAGUCCAGAGGUCACAGCUGGAAUAGAUCUCAUAGCAGGGAAGGAAGUCAUCCCCUGAUGGGUUCCCCCAGCCAGACAAGAAGAACUAGCCAGUCUAGAACCCACAGCAAGGGGAAAAGCCCCACAAAGACAGAGACAGCAGCCGAUCCAGAACUUCCAGCCAGGAGAUAG